GAGAAAGAAGCGAGUUAAAGAACGCCGAAUCUAGAAGAGAGGAUCGCAUAGGAGAUGGAGCGCGAAUCAAAACUGAAAGGCUUGGAAUCCUUGUUUAUCAAACGUCCUCAGAUAGCAGAUGUUCAGGGAGUCCCUUUGAUCAAAGAUACUGCAGACAAGUGGGACGACAUAUGGAGCUUCCAAGCCCGGCCAGAUGAUCUCAUCAUCUGCACAUACCCCAAAGCAGGGACCACCUGGAUCCAGGAAAUUGUGGACAUGAUCCAGCACAGAGGAGAUCCAGAGAAAUGCGAUCGGGCCCCCAUCUACAUACGGAUGCCCUUCAUAGAAUUAAUUCUUCCAGAACCUUUCCCUUCAGACUUAGAAGAGGUGAAAAGAAUGCCCUCUCCGCGCACUCUCAAAUUUCACCUACCGGUUCAGCUCAUGCCCCCUUCCAUUUGGGAACAGAACUGCAAGGUCAUUUAUGUGGCCAGGAAUGCCAAGGACAAUGCGGUCUCCUAUUUCCACUUUCAUCGCAUGAACCAGGGGAUGCCAGAGCCUGGAAACUGGGACCAGUUUGUGGAGGAUUUCCUAGCUACAAAACUUGCCUAUGGCUCUUGGUUUGACCAUGUUCGGGGCUGGUGGGAAGCCAAAGACCGACACCCGAUUCUAUACCUCUUUUAUGAGGACAUGAAAGAGGAUCCAGCCGGGGAGAUCCAGAAAGUGGCCCAGUUCCUGGGCAUGGAACUCUCGGAAGCAGUUCUCAACCAGAUUGUACAGCACACGGCGUUUGAGAACAUGAAAACCAACCCAAUGGUUAAUUAUACCACUGCUCCUUCUUUUGUCAUGGACCAUACCAUCUCGCCUUUCAUGAGGAAAGAUACUCACCAAACCUCCCUGGAUGGCUGGUUGAUUCUGCCUGCACUGAAGAAAAUGAAGUCAAGUGGGAGCUUUUUGAAAUGCUUACAGCUCAUUCUAAAAUACAUGUCAGUGACGUGA